UAGCCUCCGCCCUCCCUAUCUCCCUUGCUUGCAAGUCACACGCACUCCGGCCGGCCGGCAGGCAAAAGAUCGAGCUCUUUUGGUUCCUCUUUCGUUUCCUUUUCUCCUCCUCCUAAGCUUUUUGGUUCUGUGCGUUGGUGGAGAGCUGGAGGAGGAGAUGGACAUGAACAGUGGCUGGCUCGGCUUCUCCUUGUCUUCCUCUUCUUAUGCCGCCAGGGGCUACGACGCCGGCGAGGGAGUGGGGUGCGAUGGCGGUGACGGUGGCUCUUGCUCGUCGCCCACAGCGGUGGCGGCGCCUUCUUCGCCCAUCGUAGGCGUGCCGUUGCACUCUGGCGGCGGCUCUGGGCAGUACGACGGCCGAGAUUGGAGGCAUCAGCACGCAGAAGCCAAAGGACCCAAGCUGGAGGACUUCCUGAGCGUCGGCUACGGCAACGACAGGAGCAGCGGCAUCUACGACGCCAGCCACGCCGACGAGCUCAAGUACCACCACCACCAGGACGUCCAUCACGCGUAUCCAGGCUCGCCCUACUUCCAGGGCAAUGGCGGCGGUGGCGCCGUCAUCGGGCUGGACAUCAACAACGCGCCGCCGCCGCCACACUGCACCGGCCUCCCGGACCACCACUACAUGCCGGCGCACCACGGCCAGUACUCGCUGUGCCCGCCGAACCAACAAGCUGCAGGCACGGGGGCGAUGGCGGCGGCGCCAAUGUACAGCUCGGCGGCGGGCUUCGACGGCAGCACCAACAUGUCGAUCUCUGGCAUCAAGUCCUGGCUCCGGCAGUCGAUGUACGUCCCAGAGCGGUCGCCGGCGGUGCCUCCAUCCGUGCACUCCGCCCCGACCGAGCCGCCGCCGCCGCUGCCGGCGCCGUGCGUCCCCGUCCCUCGCAAGCUCGCGCAGACGUUCGGGCAGAGGACGUCGCAGUUCCGCGGCGUCACCAGGCACAGGUGGACGGGGAGGUACGAGGCUCACCUGUGGGACAACACCUGCAGGAAGGAAGGCCAGACCAGGAAAGGAAGGCAAGUUUACCUAGGUGGGUAUGACAAGGAGGAGAAGGCCGCGAGGGCUUAUGAUCUGGCAGCGCUCAAGUACUGGGGGCCAACGACUCACAUAAAUUUCCCGUUAAGCACCUACGAGAAGGAGCUGGAGGAGAUGAAGCACAUGACAAGGCAGGAGUUCAUUGCGCACUUGAGAAGGAACAGCAGUGGCUUCUCGAGGGGAGCAUCCAUGUACAGAGGAGUGACCAGGCAUCACCAGCACGGCAGAUGGCAGGCCAGGAUUGGGAGGGUGGCAGGGAACAAGGACCUAUACCUGGGAACCUUCAGUACGCAGGAGGAGGCGGCGGAGGCGUACGACAUCGCGGCGAUCAAGUUCCGCGGGCUGAGCGCCGUCACCAACUUCGACAUCAGCAAGUACGACGUGAAGCGCAUCUGCGCCAGCUCGCACCUCAUCGGCGGGGACCUCGCCUGCAGGCGCUCCCCGACGCGCGACGCGCCGGCGCUGCCCAGCGGCGUGAGCGUCGCCGUGGAGCGCCCCGAGGCCGGCGCGUCCGACAACAGCUCCGACGCCUCGGACGGCCACCGCGGCGCGCACCUGCUGCACGGCCUCCAGUACGCGCACGCCAUGAAGUACGAGGCCGGCGAGGGCAGCAACGGCGGAGGGAACUGGAUGCCAGGCGCGGCCCGGCCGGUCGCCGGCGUCCCCGCCGCGCACCCGCUCCCGGUGUUCGCGCUCUGGAACGACUGAGCGAGUGAGAUUAGCGUAGCACGCAACGCAGGGACGUACUCGUAGUAGGUAGCUAGCUAGGGCAACAUGCUCACAUGUACGGUGGUGCAAGAGGACCGAUGAUAAAGCUUGCAGGGGAGGCGGUGUUGUGAUCGGCCGACCUCUGCGAUGCGAGGGUAGGGUGUGCGAUGAUGCAUGUCGUUGCAUGGUUGGCGCCUUAACUUGUGUGAGAGGUGCCGACAAUUUUGCCGCAAUGUGAGACUCUUUGACGUGCAUGCAUGCAUGCAUGCCACGACGUAGGAGAUUUUCAAUUCUAGCAUGCA